UCCGGUUUAAAAGACGAUACAUUGAACUGACAAUUACUGAAUUAGAACUUCGUUGAAAGAAUCAAUGAAAACAUGCAACAAAGUUGCUAUAGAUUAAAGUUGAAACGUUAACGGUUGUAUCUUCGGAUCAAGGGCGUCAGAGAAUAGUAAUUUUAAAACCAAUGGACUUGUGAGAUGGGGAACCAGCUGACAGGAAUAGCCCCGUCUCAGAUUCAGCCGGUGGAUCAGUACCUAACGGACAUUCCAGAUUACCAAUAUGAAAACAGUUUGGGCAGUACCAGGUUCUUUAAAGUAGCCAGAGCUCGUACAAAGGAAGGCCUUGCAGUGGUGAAAGUCUUUGUCAUUCAUGAUCCCUCGCUUCCUUUGACUUCUCAUAGAAACAAAUUAGAAGACAUUCACAUCCGACUCCAAGGAAGCACCUCCAACUGUCUGCCAUUCCAGAAGGCCAUUCAUUCUGACAAAGCUGCUUUGCUUUUCCGACAAUAUGUCAAGGACAGUUUGUAUGACAGAAUUAGCACACGCCCAUUUCUGAACAGAAUUGAGAAAAAAUGGCUUGCCUUUCAGCUGUUAUGUGCCCUGAAUCAGUGCCAUAAAAUCAAAGUGUGUCAUGGUGACAUAAAGGCAGAAAAUGUCAUGAUCACCAGUUGGAACUGGCUUCUUCUCACUGACUUUGCCAGCUUCAAACCAACAUACCUUCCCGAGGACAACCCUUCAGACUUCUCUUACUUCUUUGACACAUCAAGGCGAAGAUGUUGUUACAUUGCCCCAGAGAGAUUUGUUGAGAGUGGACUUAAAAACCAGGAAGGUGCAGGCCAAACUAUAGAUUUGACCUCUAAUGAUGAGGUCAAGUCAGGGGACAUUACUCCACCGAUGGAUAUAUUCUCUGCAGGAUGUGUGGUAUGUGAGCUGUUUACUGAGGGAACCCCUCCGUUUGAUUUCUCUCAGUUACUGGCCUACAGAAAUGGAGAGUACAGCCCUUGGAAGGUCCUUGAAAAAAUUGAUGACAACUACAUCAGGGACUUGGUGCGUCACAUGAUAAAGAAGGAUCCGUCUCACCGACUGUCUGCGGAGGAAUACAUGAUACAGCAGAGAGGGAAGGCAUUCCCCGAGUACUUCUACACCUUCCUCAAGAUCUACCUCCAACAGUUCGUCUCCACCCCCCUCACCCCGCCCGAUGACCGCAUCAACAAGAUUAAGAGGGAUUUCCCUCGUAUUGUGAAGAGUAUUUGUCCUCAGGAGGAGCGAUCCGAGGACAACAUUGGUCUGGUCCUCAUCAUCUCACUGAUUAGUUCUAGCUCCAGGAAAUUACACUUCUGUAACACAAAGCUGACGGCCUUACAACUCCUGCUGGAAGCAUCAAAGUUUGUCACAACUGACAUCAUUCUGGACAGAAUCAUUCCAUAUAUGUUGAGUUUCGCCAAUGACCAGUUCCCACGUGUGAGGGCGGAGGUCAUCCAUGUGGUCACCCAGUGUCUGCUAGACGUCGACUCCAUUCCAAGAAGUGAUGCCAAUGUGUUUCCCGAGUACAUCUUUCCAAACAUAACCCACCUGACCCAGGACCCUGUGGUAAUGGUCAGAGCGGCAUAUGCUGAAAACAUCGCCAAGUUAGCCGAGACAGCUCUCAGGGUUCUAGAGAUGACCCAGAGGAUUGACCUUGAAGAGACGGAAGAGGAGGAAUCGGUGGACGGACUGUUAUAUCAGGCUAACUAUGACAUUGAACUGCUGACUUUACAAGAGAUCAUUCAGCAGAAGGUCGUGACCUUGCUCAGUGACCCAGAUAACAGCGUCAAGCGGACACUGCUGGAGAACGGAAUCACGAAGCUCUGUGUGUUCUUUGGGCGACAGAAAGCCAAUGAUGUUCUCUUGUCACACAUGAUAACUUUCCUCAAUGACAAGACUGACUGGCACCUGCGGGGCUCGUUUUUUGACAACAUAGUGGGCGUGGCAGCGUAUGUGGGCUGGCAGAGUUGUUCCAUUCUGAAACCACUUCUGGAUCAGGGCCUGAGUGACCCAGAAGAGUUUGUGGUCCAUAAAACCCUGGGGGCCCUCACCGCCCUGACGGAACUUGGUCUGAUUCAGAAAUCCAUGCUUCAGGAGUUCCUGCAGGAAGUUGUCCCUUUUUUAGCACACCCUGGGAUCUGGAUUCGUCAAGGCGCCAUCGGAUUUAUCUCGGCCCUGACCAGAAUGUUUAACAUUGCUGACGUCCACUGCAAGGUGUUACCGGCCCUACAGCCCUGUCUCAAGAAACCGGUCCUACAGAUGGACAAAGAGAUUUUCCUGCUAAACGCUCUACAGAGCCCAAUUCCACGCCCAGUGUUUGACUAUAUCCUGAGGGUGAGUCAGCCGGACAGGCUGUUUGAUAUCCUGAGGGAGAGGCAGUAUAUGAGAUCCAUCAGCAGAUCUAGUCACCGAACCACUUACUCGGAGUUAGAUGAAGCCAUGUCUCAGGUGUUUAAAAAGUUGAAUUCCUUUGGGAUGGAUGAAUCCCAUGAAGACAAGAUUCUUGCCAUGAAAGACUAUGUAAUGAAGUUACACAGGUCCAGGGCAGGUUCUGUGGAGACUAAACAUGAACUGGGGGAUUCCCCCGGGAGGUUCUGUAUUGUUGGUGCUGGAAAGGCCAUCACCCGCAGACAUGCUGAACUGAUAAAGCAGAAAGAUCCAAAACCACAAGGGGCGGAUCAAACUACUUCAAGUCGAUCGUCCAAGAAGGUGCAGUCAAAAGAACAGUCUGUCAACAUGAACUCUGAGUGGAAGAGCAUGUUUGGUUCUAAUGAGUCCGACUCAUCAAAUGCCAGCCUGUCACCGAAGGCCCGGACGCUACAGAAGACGGCUGAGAGUCUGGAGAAGAAACUAAACACUUCACAGACUGUGAGUCAAACAUCAUCGUCAUCAGGAAGCUUUGUUACAAUGUCACAGAGUCAGGUGUCAUCAGAGGGCUCCAUUAGGUCGGUCACCGAGAAAGGCUCGGACAAAAACCCCAUCACAAAAUAUCACAAUUGUAAGAUAGCCCUGAGAAACAUAGUCCACAAGAAGCGAGAGCUUUACUCGGCCGAGUCGAAAGACCUGCUGGAGAUUGCAUGGGAGAGGCGGCCCCCACCCAGUAACUGGAAGCCCAAGGGGCUGUUAGUGGCCCACCUACAGGAGCACAGAGCCGCAAUCAACAGGAUACAGGUGUCACAUGACCAUGCAUUCUUUGCCUCGGCCUCCAAUGAUGGCACUGUCAAAUUGUGGGAAUCGGAGAAACUAGAGGGAAACAGUGUAGCCAACCGUUCUAAGCAAACUCUGAAGAAUACUUCCUUACCAGGAGAGAAGGUGAAGGGGCUGGUUUUCUGUGAAGCUUCGGGUCCUUCCCUAUCACUAGCGACAUUCACAGACCUGGGCGCCAUAAACAUCUUCAAGAUAGAGACGGGAAAAGCCAGCUGGAACAAAGACCUGAGAGUGGACAAGCCGGACUAUGGCAACAUUGUGGACAUGACCUACUUUGACACGGGGGCCCAGUCUGUACUGUCCUACGCCACGGUCAAUGGGUUCCUGGUGGGUCACGACCUACGGACCAACAAGGAGGUCUGGAAGCUCAGGAACGACCCCAAAGCAGGACUGAUAACCUCCUUCGCUGUCCACCAUUCCCAGUGCUGGCUGGCGGUUGGUACCAGUAGCGGCACACACAUCUGCUGGGACAUGAGAUUCCAACUACCCAUCAACUCUAUUGUACACCCCACAGGUGCCCGGGUACGGAGACUGAUCAUGCACCCCCAGGAACAGUCCUGGUUGAUAUCAGCAACCCAGGGGAACAACGAGGUGUCUAUAUGGGAUGUGGAGACAGGGGCCAGACAGAAAGUUCUGUGGGCGAGUCCUACACCCACCCUCAGUCUGAAUCAGGCGAGUCAUCACUCUGUGUACGGUCUACACAUGGCGGUCACCGACACUAACGUCUUCAUGCUGACCGGGGGGUCAGACAUGCGGGCCCGCUUCUGGGACCUCUCCUACCCUGCCAACUCCUUCAUCCUGGCGGGGGCGGCUAGUGACCCUGUACAACAAACAGGAGUCAACUACAGGGCUAAACUUGUAGAUGGGGUGGAAGUGAUUCAGGAGCUGUACACAAAAAAGCCGGUCACCAAUGACGACGCCCCACGCAGAGGUCCAGAGGCCCCACCCCAGGGACAUCGUGACAUCAUCAGUGACAUCAACCUGUGCCAGGCCUCUCAGUGUAUGGUCAUCACGGGGUCCAGGGACGGGGUCAUCAAGGUGUGGAAGUAAGCCACGCCCUCCCCUGGUGUGUUCAGUGACAGAGCCCUAACAAUGGUGUUUUCAGAGUUUGGGAGUGUGUGGACACCUGUACGUGAACAUCUACAGGUGUGGCUGUAACAUUGAUGUGUCAGUCAGUGACCAUCCAGUGAGAACAAACAGUUAGUCCAAUGGAUAACAACCAUUCAAACAAUUAAACCAUUGGACCAUUCAAAAAUUUAGUCCAAUUAACUGUGAUCAUGUGAUGAUAGCCUUUGAGAUGUCAUCAUUUUAUGUUGCCAUAAUGGCAUGUCAGUGCAAUAUUCAUUAAUAGAAUAAAAUUUUCAUGAACAUUU